AAUUUAUUUCGAAGGAACAUUACUUCGAGUCAAACUAAAAUUUAAUGUUUACAAUUACACGUCUUUAGUACUGCAAUUAAUUUAAAUAUUUUAGUUAGUAUAAUUUUUUGUGUGCCUCGCAAUGGAAGGAAGUAUUUUUAGAAAGAAAGCAUCCAGCAGUCAGAAACCCCGCGUGGACCGCUUCGUGCCCCCGCGGUCCUCCAUCGAGGGCGUGCGCCAGCGCUGGUCGCUGGUGAAGACCUGGGAUGUAGGCGCUGACCAGAACAACUGGCACUCAAAAUACGUGCACCAACGAAAGUUCGCCACCCACAUGGAGGGAGCCUUCGGGCUGUCGCACCCUCGAACCGCCAGGGACCGCGGGUUGGCUGAGGACGAGGUGGACUCCAUCCAGCCCUGGCCCUGCAGACCUCGGAAGAGGAGCUACCUGACGUCAGCUGAUAGUGUGCUUGAUCUGCCUACGUAUCGGUUUGCUUUGUUCCCCGAACUCCUAGACUGGAACUCAGACGACGUGCUAGUCGCGGCGCUCGGGCACAAGUACUACAAGUGGAGCUGGAGCCGGCAGGGGCUGGUGGACAGCGGCUACACGCAGAACCCCGUCUACUGCUGCAAGUUCGACCCACGGGGGGAGCUGUUGGCUCUAGGUACAGCAUACUGCCAAGUGGAGGUGCACCACCACGGCAUGACGAAGCGCCUCGCAGUCAGCUCGUGCGCGUGCGCGCGCCUCGUGGAUGACCAGUGCCUCAUUACUGCGCUGGACUGGAGCCCGACUGGGAACUCUUUUGUCACCGGCUGCUCCCACGGCAUGGUGUGCUGCUUCGACCGCGCCACGUCGCUCGUCACCCGGCACCGCCGCGCCUGCGCCGGCUGCGUGCUGCGCGCGCGCAUCUCGCCGGACGCGCGCUACGUGGCCGUGAGCCAGGUGGCCGCGCAGUUCGUGCUGGUCAUGACGUGGCCUCAACUGGUGCCGUAUUUUUCGCUGGAGCCCAAUGGGUGGACUGUUAUGACACUAAACUGGCACCCCUGGCGCAGCGCGCUGCUCGGCGUUGGUGCGAUGAGCCAGACUGACCACGCCAGGGUGGCUCUCUGGGACGUGCCUCCAAUCAGGGAGGUCCACGAGGCCGUGGUCAGCCCUGGCAGGUACCACGUGGACUCCAUGCUGUUCAGCCCUAGGUCUGGCGAGCUGGUGUUGAGCUUGUGGAAUUCUGAAAGAGACGCAGCGACGGACUUGGCGAAGGGCUCCCGCAUCGUGGUGCUGAGCAGCCCCGACUCCAUCGUGGACCAGUGGGGCGAGGGCCGCUACUACCUGGACCGCGUGCGGACCAUGGUCUUCAGCCCUGACGGCACUAAGCUGGCAACAGCAACAACAGAAGAAGACCUGAUAAUAUGGAACUUUCUUCCGGAAGAUAAGAAACAAAAGGGCUACUUCAAAAGGCGAUUCUGCGAUUUACCUGUGCACUUUGAUGAAACAAGUUUUGGCAUUUCUAAAAGGUAAAAGUAAAAAAGGGGUUAUA